AUGGGCAGUGGCUGCUCUUCUCUCUCUUACUCUUCUUCAACUAUCAUUGCCACUGCGUUCUCUGUCUCUUCUCCAUCCUCUUCCCUUAAACUCAAUCCAAGAAGCUUCCUUUUCCAGGGCCCCAGAAAUCUAUCGACCCAAUUGAGAAAUCAGGCACCUUUGAGGUGUGGGAGAUCCCUGGAGAUGGAAUCACAGAAACCCAUGUUCGAUAAAUCAGGAAAAGUUCCAGGGGUUGGGAUGAUGCACGCCCCAAUUGCAUUGCUUCCGACGCCAUUCCCAGAAGUUUACUGGAAGCAAGCUUGUGAAGUUGCUCCGAUCUUCAAUGAAUUGGUUGAUCGUGUGAGCUUGGAUGGGAAGUUCAUACAGGAUAGUCUCUCCAGGACGAAGAAAGUUGACAUCUUUACAUCUAGACUUCUCGACAUUCACUCCAAGAUGCUAGAAAGCAACAAGACAGAGGACAUACGUUUGGGAUUACACCGGUCAGAUUAUAUGCUUGACGAAGAAACAAAAUCACUUCUUCAAAUAGAGAUGAACACUAUCUCGUCUUCGUUUUCAGGCCUUGGUCGUCUCGUUGGCGAGCUACACCAGUCAUUGCUUCGAUCUUAUGGGGAUCAUCUUGGGCUAGACUCUGAACGUGUACCCAAAAAUUCAUCCACGAUCCAAUUUGCUGAUGCGAUGGCUAAAGCUUGGUUGGAGUACAAUAACCCAAGAGCGGUUGUCUUGGUUGUUGUGCAGCCGGAAGAACGCAACAUGUACGAUCAACAUUGGCAAAGCAGUCUUCGAAACACGCACAAUAUUGUAACCAUCAGGAAGACUCUAGCAGAAGUCGAAAAUGAAGGGCGUGUACAAGAAGACGGAACCCUUAUUGUUGGAGGCCAAGCAGUCGCAGUGGUUUAUUUCAGAUCAGGCUAUUCACCCACUGAUUAUCCGUCUGAAUCAGAAUGGAAUGCAAGGUUGCUUAUAGAGCAGUCCUCAGCAGUCAAAUGCCCGUCUAUAGCUUAUCAUUUAACUGGCACCAAGAAAAUCCAGCAAGAACUCGCAAAACCAGGUGUUCUCGAGAGGUUUCUUGACAACGAAGAGGACAUUGCUAAGCUGAGGAAAUGCUUUGCUGGUCUUUGGAGCUUGGACGAUCCAGAGAUCAUCAAGAAAGCAAUCGAAAAACCCGAGUUGUUCGUUAUGAAGCCUCAGAGAGAAGGCGGAGGAAACAACAUCUAUGGAGAUGAUGUAAGGGAAAAUCUUCUGAGGUUGCAGAAAGAUGGAGAGGAAGAAAACGCUGCGUAUAUCCUAAUGCAGAGGAUAUUCCCAAAGGUCUCAAACAUGUUCUUGGUGCGAGAAGGCGUUUACCAUAAAGAUCAAGCUAUAUCAGAACUGGGGAUCUAUGGUGCUUACCUCAGGAACAAGGAGAGAGUUAUAAUAAACGAGCAGAGCGGUUAUCUGAUGCGCACAAAGGUCUCGUCAUCAAAUGAAGGUGGUGUUGCGGCUGGUUUUGCCGUCUUGGACAGCAUUUAUUUGAACUGAGAUGGAUCACAUUCACAAUCAUCCUGAUUCAAGUUUUUUUUUUCUGGUUUGUUACUUUUUGUUCUUCUUCUUGCUUGCUAAAGAUUUGUGUACUAAUUCAUGAAGAUCCCAUCUAUGUAAGACCAAACAAAUCUCUUUACAAUUCUUUCCACAAAACAUAAAUGCUUCUUCAGUUCUUUCUAGGCCGUGUGAGGGUCAUGAAAUGGACAAGUCGAUAUUUACAAUAUGAAUGUGCG